GCUAGAAAGAGAUCGCGACUCAGGUCACGAAAGUUGAAACUUCAUUUUAAGUUUUUUUGUUCCCUGAAAAAAUUAUACUAGACAAGAAGGAAAAAAGAGAAAAGUUAGUUAAAGAAUAUUUUAAUUGCGGAAAAAAAGUAUUUUUCAGUUUGAAAAGUCGCCAAAUUAAAGACAAAUAAGUGUAAUCUAUUUUUAGUGCUUUUAUCAGAGGUAUUUCACCCCUUACAAGAAAACAAAGCAAGACAAGAUGACGUGGGAACCGCAAGCCGAAGGUUUACAGCAAAUAAUUACAAUCCUUAAACAGUCUCAGUCUCCGGACACAGCCACUCAAAUGGCUGUUCAACUGAAACUGGAGGAAUUAAAUCAGUAUCCCGAUUUCAACAAUUAUCUUAUCUUUGUACUGACAAAACUCAAAACGGAAGAGGAGCCAACUCGCUCUCUUAGCGGUCUAAUAUUGAAAAAUAAUAUACGAAUGCAUGGAAAUAACUUGCAGCCAGAGAUUGUCGAGUACAUAAAGCACGAAUGUUUACAAGCUAUUGGCGAUCCCUCACCGCUAAUACGUGCUACUGUUGGUAUAUUAAUUACGACUAUCGCCAGUAAUGGCGGUCUUCAAAAUUGGCCUCAAUUACUACCCUCCCUAUGCGAAAUGCUAGAUUCACAAGAUUACAAUGUAUGUGAAGGUGCUUUCAGUGCGUUACAGAAAAUAUGCGAAGACUCGGCUGAAAUACUUGAUUCGGCAGCACUCAAUCGGCCAUUAAACGUUAUGAUACCGAAAUUUCUGCAAUAUUUCAGCCACAAUAGCCCAAAGAUUCGCUCACAUGCCAUAGCUUGUAUAAAUCAAUUUAUUGUUAAUCGAUCACAAGCUUUGAUGCUCCAUAUAGACACAUUCAUUGAAAGUUUAUUUAACCUAUCUUCUGAUGAGGAUCACGAGGUAAGAAAGAAUGUAUGUCACGGAUUGGUUAUGUUGUUGGAAGUGCGCAUGGAUCGUUUGUUGCCGCAUAUGCCACAAAUUAUAGAGUAUAUGUUAAUGCGUACUCAAGACUCAGAUGAAGGUGUAGCCCUAGAAGCCUCGGAAUUCUGGUUAUCUCUUGCUGAACAGAAUAUUUGCAAAGAAGUGUUGGCGCCAUAUUUGGGACAACUAGCACCUGUAUUGGUACAUGGAAUGCGUUAUUCAGAAAUUGAUAUCAUCCUAUUAAAAGGAAAUGUUGAAGAGGAUGAUAUGGUGCCCGAUAGAGAGGAGGACAUACGUCCCAGAUUCCAUAAAUCUCGUACGCAUACAAUCAAAUCCGGCGAAACAGGUGUAGAUGAAGAUGACGAAGACGACGUGCUAGAUGACGAUAGUUCCCUCUCUGAAUGGAAUUUACGAAAAUGUAGUGCAGCCGCAUUAGACGUACUAGCAAAUGUCUUCCGCGAAGAAUGUUUACCCAUUGUUUUGCCUAUUCUCAAGGAUACUCUGUUUCAUCAGGAAUGGGUUAUCAAGGAGAGCGGUGUAUUGGCAUUAGGCGCAAUUGCCGAAGGCUGCAUGCAAGGAAUGAUACAACAUCUGCCCGAACUGAUACCUUAUUUGAUUAGUUGUUUAUCAGAUAAAAAAGCGCUAGUUCGAUCCAUCACUUGUUGGACACUAUCACGAUAUGCUAAUUGGGUUGUAAAUCAGCCACAUGAUCAAUAUUUAAAACCAUUAAUGGAAGAAUUGCUUAAGCGUAUAUUAGAUUCCAAUAAGCGUGUACAAGAGGCAGCCUGCUCUGCAUUCGCCACACUUGAAGAAGAGGCUUGUACUGAACUGGUGCCAUAUUUAGAAUAUAUAUUGAAAACGCUAGUGUUCGCUUUUUCGAAAUAUCAGCAUAAAAACUUGCUUAUUCUAUAUGAUGCAGUUGGCACGUUAGCCGAUUCGGUGGGCCACCAUCUGAAUAAACCACAAUAUAUUGACAUUUUGAUGCCACCAUUAAUUGAAAAGUGGAACUUACUCAAGGAUGAUGAUAAAGAUCUGUUUCCCCUAUUGGAGUGUUUGUCAAGUAUCGCUACCGCAUUGCAGUCUGGAUUCUUACCUUAUUGCGAUCCAGUUUACCAACGUUGCAUAUCGUUGAUAGAACAAACACUGAAUCAGGAUAUGGCUUGUAAAACAAAUCCUGGUUUCGAGCAUCCAGAUAAGGAGCGCAUGAUUGUUGCAUUAGAUUUGCUGUCAGGUUUGGCUGAGGGUUUAGAUGGACAUAUUGAAUCUUUAGUCGUCAAAAGCAAUAUAAUGCAAUUGCUCUAUCAAUGUAUGCAAGAUGUGUUGCCAGAAGUGCGGCAAUCAUCGUUUGCAUUAUUGGGCGACUUGACUAAAGCCUGUUUUCAGCAUGUGCAUCCAUUCAUGUCGGAAUUCUUUCCGAUUUUGGGUCAAAAUCUAAAUCCUGAUUACAUUUCCGUAUGUAAUAAUGCCACCUGGGCAAUUGGUGAAAUAUGCAUGAAACUAGGUGAGGAAACGCGACAGUACAUACACCUCGUACUAAACGAACUGUUCGUGAUUAUAAAUAGACCAAAUACACCAAAAACGCUGCUCGAAAAUACAGCAAUAACAAUCGGUCGUCUAGGUUAUGUGUGCCCAGUUGAAGUGGCUCCUUAUUUGCCAGAAUUUGUACGACAGUGGUGUACAUCUCUGCGUCAUAUAAGAGAUAAUGAUGAGAAGGAUUCAGCAUUUCGUGGAAUGUGUCACAUGAUUACCGUAAAUCCUGGUGGCGUAGUGCCAGAUUUUAUAUUCUUCUGCGAUGCAGUGGCUUCAUGGGUGAAUCCGCCACAAGACUUGCAUCAAAUGAUACAAAAGAUAUUACAUGGCUUCAAAACCCAGGUGGGUGAAGAUAAUUGGCGUCGUUUCGUCGAUCAAUUCCCGCCAAAUCUUUCCGAGCGUCUGGGCGCUAUGUACAACAUUUAAAGAGCAGAUAUGUACUAGACAUUGGGGGAAUUGCUUGAAACGGAAGCAGGGGUAUAGAAAACACAAAAGAAGCUACCAAAUGGUACAAGACACACAAGGGUAGCCAAACAAAUAGGUACUGGGGACAAAGUCAGCAAAUGAAAUGGAGUUGGGGAGAAAAACUACAAAAGAGGAAACGGUAUCGGCUUAUUGGUGAGAACAACAUUGCCUACGGUAUCGCACCAGGCAAUGUGGAAAGAGAAGAAUUUAUAAAAGCGUUUGCUUGUUAUGCAACAACUAUAGAUGGUUUAAAAUUUUUGUCAGUCGUAAGUCCUCUUUCUCUUAUAUAUAUGUACAUAUAUGUGAAAGUUGCGAUAUUGUGGUACUAUUUUAACAGUACACAAACCCUUUAUUAAAAAUUAUAUGAUGCUAACAACCAUUACGCAAAAAAAAGAAACAUAAAAAGGUAUUUCAAUAAUAAAUGCGUUUGAGAUCGUAAAUUGAAAAGCAGCAAAUGUAAGAGGUUUAAACUUGAAGAAAAGUAAAAAGAAAACAAAAACACAUUAGAAGGCAAAAAUUUUUCAUUCAAAACUUUUCCUCAACCUUAACACAAAUCCUACACAAUCAUACUAAU